ACUUCCCGCGGAGGGACUGUCCCGUGGCAGCCGGCGGGCCGAGAGCGACGCGGAGGGUGGGGAGCGGCGGCGGCGGCGGCGAUGGACGAUCACAGCCUGGACGAGUUCCGCCGGCGCUGGCAGGAGGAGCUGGCGCAGGCCCAGGCGCUCAGGAAGCGGCGGCGGCCCGAGACUGCAGAGCGGCGGCCGCGGCGGCCCGAAGUGGCUCUGGGGCGCGGCGAGCAGGCCUCGGGGUACCUGGCGCUGGCCCAGGGCCUCCUGGAGGGCGCGGGGCGGCCCCCGGCUCCGCGGGCGACCCGGGCCGAGAGGCAGGACGCGGCGAGCCGCUCCCGCUCCCCUCCGGCCCGCGAGGCCGCGGGGGGCGGGGAGCAGCUGGUGGACCAGCUCAUCCGAGACCUGAAUGAAAUGGAUGACGUGCCCUUCUUUGACAUCCAGCUGCCUUACGAACUGGCAAUCAACAUAUUUCAGUAUCUGGACAGGAAAGACCUGGGAAGGUGUGCACAGGUGAGCAAGACGUGGAAGGUGAUUGCCGAAGACGAAGUGCUUUGGUACCGGCUGUGCCGGCAGGAAGGGCACCUUCCCGAGAGCAGCAUCUCUGAUUACUCGUGCUGGAAGCUCAUCUUCCAAGAGUGCCGAGCCAAGGAACACAUGUUAAGAACCAACUGGAAGAAUCGCAAAGGUGCCGUGAGCGAACUGGAGCACGUUCCCGAUGCGGUUUUGUGUGACGUGCAUUCCCAUGACGGCGUUGUCAUUGCCGGAUAUACAUCAGGGGACGUAAGGGUGUGGGACACCCGCACCUGGGACUACACAGCCCCUUUCCUGGACUCAGAGUAUGAGGAGGACGAGCCUGGAAUGCAGCCAUAUGUCUCCUUUGUGAGGAUAAACAGCUCGCUGGCGGUAGCGGCUUAUGAGGAUGGGUUUCUUAAUAUCUGGGAUCUAAGGACCGGAAAGUAUCCCAUCCAUCGUUUUGAGCAUGACGCAAGAAUACAGGCACUAGCCCUCAGCCAGGAAGGUGCAACGGUUGCCACAGCUUCCGCUUUUGAUGUUGUAAUGUUGCGCCCCAACGACGAGGGCUACUGGCAAAUCGCGGCAGAGUUCGAAGUUCAGAAACUGGUUGACUACCUUGAAAUCGUUCCAGAUACCGGAAGGUAUCCUGUGGCAGUGGCCACAGCUGGAGAUCUGGUGUACCUGCUGAAAGCCGAAGACUCUGCUAGAACCCUCCAUUACGUCUAUGGCCAGCCGGUCACGUGUCUGGAUGUCUCAGCCAACCAGGCUGCUUUUGGUGUGAAGAGUCUGGGAUGGGUAUACGAAGGAAACAAGAUCCUGGUGUACAGCCUGGAGGCAGAGCGCUGCCUCUCGAAGCUGGGUAACGCGCUCGGGGAUUUCACUUGCGUCAACCUCAGAGACAGCCCUCCCAACCUCAUGGUCAGUGGCAACAUGGACAGGAGGGUGAGGAUCCAUGACUUCCGCACUGACAAAAUCGCCCUGUCACUCUCUGCCCACCAACUGGGCGUCUCUGCAGUGCAGAUGGACGACUGGAAAAUCGUCAGUGGAGGCGAAGAAGGCCUGGUCUCGGUGUGGGACUAUCGGAUGAACCAGAAGCUGUGGGAGGUGCAUUCCAGGCACCCCGUCCGCCACCUGUCCUUCAACAGCCACAGCCUCAUCACGGCCAACGUGCCCUACGAGAGGGUGGUGCGCAACACUGACCUGGACUUCACGGCCCACAGGAGGCACCGCGGGCUGAUCCACGCCUACGAGUUCGCGGUGGACCGGCUGGCCUUGCAGAGCACGCUGCCCGUCUGCCGUUCGUCCACGGACCCCACGGCCGGCCACGGCUAUGCCCUCGCGCUCGCCUUCCCCCAGGACCGGAGUUAGGAGCGGGGAGAAAAGCGGGAAGAACCACGCCUGCCGGAUUUGGAAACCGCCGGGGGGAAGAACACGACCCCCGGGUGCACCCGUCUGACCCCACACGUGCCUCGGCUGCCUUUGCCUUCCUCUGCUGCCUGUGGAAAGCGGGAGCCUGUCGCAGCUUGUCUCGUCUGUUUUCUGGGUGCUCUGGUCCUCCUCUGGGGCUUUCUUACCCCUCACGCUGCACCUCCUCCCCCCGCCCCUCCACGUCCACUCUGGCCCCAUCCGGGCCCCUCUGUCCGGAUACGGUGUGGACCUCCCCCCACGUCUUUACACUACAGUCCGGGGCCCUGCUCACCUGCUGCCGCCAUCGUUCCGGUCUUCAAGCCCUUUCUCCAGGGGGAGGGGAGGUGCCUGAGCUGACACGGCCCCACCUCCCCUGGACCCGAGAGCACAUACUCACCCAGACUGGUCUGUGAUGCCACCACCCGGUGUAGACUUGGGAUCACAGGCCUGUUUCCUCCUAGUUCUUAACCAUGAUUCAUAAUUAUAUAUUUAUACAAUUGCAUUAA